AUGGAUUUAUGUGAUCAGAGCAUGAAAUUUGAUAAAAAAUGUAUGAAUAAACAAGAAAAGUCGCAGUGGUGGAAUGAAAGAAAGGCAUUGGAUGAUAGAAUGAAAACCUUACUUGAAAAUAUCGAGGAUUGUUGGUUAGGCGGCUUUAAGGGCAUAUUAAUGGCAGAUACAGACAAUGAUCCUAAACGACUUGCUAAUUUCAAAGAAAAGAUGGAUAAAUUAGCACUAAAAAAUGAAAUAUGUAGUCAAACUUUUGGUAAACAAUCAACAAAAAAGAAAAUUGAUCUUCAUGUAGAAUUGUAUAGAUCUUUUCUUCGUUUAGGACCAAAUGCAACAGAUCGAGAUAUUCAAGAUAUUAUUUAUUUUCUGGUUGACAUAUAUAACAAAAAUAAUGAUCAACAAAUCGGAUAUGACGAGGUUGAUUGGGAUCAGCUUACUGUUGCUAUAAAGAUCAUUGGGAUUAAAGGUAUUCAAGAUAGUGAAAGAGUAAAAUCUAGUGUUUUAAGAGAAGUUGAAAUGUUAAAGUUCAUUAAUCAUCCGAACAUUGUAAGAUUAUUUGAUGUAGUAGAUAUUUCAACUCACUUUUGUUUAAUAUUAGAAUAUAUUCCUGGUGGAGAAUUAUUUGAUUAUGUCAAUGAUUAUUAUGAAGAGACAACUGAACAAGAUUCAAAACAAAUUUUCUUACAAUUAGUUGACAUUGUGAAAUAUCUACAUGAUAAUAACAUUGAUGUAGAUUCCAACAAAAAAGAUCUAUUAAAAUCCAAUCCAAUUAUAAAGUUAACUGAUUUCGGAUUAGCUAAAUUUGUUGAUCCAACAAAUCCUUUAUUAUCAACAAGAUGUGGAUCUGAAGAAUAUGCUGCGCCUGAACUUAUAUCUGGUAAAUCACCAUAUGAUGGUAAGAAAACAGAUAUAUGGUCAUUGGGCAUUAUAUUAUAUAGUUUAUUGGUUGGUUAUUUGCCAUUUAAUUUUGAUGGGCCAAGAAAACAAUUUUUACAUAAAAUUAUCAAAGCAGAAUUUGAUUUUCCUAAAACUUCCAUGGAAGGUGAACGUGGUAGAAGAGGUACAAUUAGUAAUGAGGCAAAAGAUUUAAUUAAAAAAAUAUUAAUGUCUGAUCCUGAUAAACGUUUUACUUUGGAAGAAAUUAGUAAUCAUGAAUGGUUAAAAUAA